CUGAACGCGGAGCGUCAAUCCUCCACAGAGAUGUCACACGCAUCCUACCAUCACUAGCAUAAUUUACCAAAAGUUAGCUCGAGGGGACUGAUAGCCAACAGAGCCGGAGGAAACCCACUUUUUCUUGAAUUAUUUUGGUGGUUAAUUAUUUUGAUUCUCAUCGGGUGCUCAACAGUGGAUAAGCGGUCAUGUCAAAGAACAUUGAAUUAUUUAUAGGCACGCGCGUCUUGCUGUGUGACAGUAUUGCCCCAAAACCAUUUUGUUAGAUGUGCGUCUUCAACAGUGACUGGCACACGUUGCUUUUUCGGCCAAUGCUUCACAUUGAUGACCACGGAUACUUGCUGAUAGGCAAUGGUUCUCGCAGUAUAGCCAAUCUUCAGAGGUGGCUUGAUAUGUUUUGCCAUUUGAUUGGCUUCAUUUAAGCCGAUGUGUGUUGGGUGUAUGGAAGAGGAUCCAAAGGACUGACUUUCGAGGCGUCAAAGGCUUUGGCACUACCUCACCUGGGAGGACGCAUCCUGGCUAACGGUCGCCAUCCUGUAUUGCAUCCUGGCUAACGGUCGCCCUCCUGUACUUGGAUCCUAUAAAUCUCCAUGCUGACCACUUCAGAGGAGAGAAGAAGAGGUAGGAUAGCGACCAGGCUACCCAUCGACUGUUUAUGUGAACACAUUGAUCCAGGACACCCGAGCGAAAAAGGAACCAAAUACAAAACAUCCAAUGAUCGGUGUGUGUUGUUGAUUUGUUUUCUGCUCAAGUCAGAGUGAGAGUGAGACGACCACAACCUCAGGAAGCUGAACAGACCACGGUUGCAGAGUAGGUGUAAAUCCAAAUACGAUGGUCCACUGUGCUGGGUGCGAGAGGCCUAUACUGGACAGGUUUCUCCUCAAUGUUCUGGACAGAGCGUGGCACGUCAAGUGUGUACAGUGCUGCGAGUGUAAAUGCAAUUUAACAGAGAAAUGCUUUUCUCGAGAGGGGAAACUAUACUGCAAAAACGACUUCUUCAGGAGGUUCGGGACAAAGUGCGCGGGCUGUUCUCAGGGCAUCUCGCCGAACGACUUGGUCCGCAGGGCAAGGAGCAAAGUGUUUCAUCUCAACUGCUUCACUUGCAUGAUGUGUAACAAACAGCUAUCCACGGGAGAGGAGCUCUACAUCAUAGACGAAAAUAAAUUUGUCUGCAAAGAAGAUUAUCUAACCCACAGCAAUGGGAAAGACACAAACCUUCUCUCAGUAACAGCAUGUAGCGAUCCAAGUUUAUCACCGGAUUCUCAAGAUCAUUUACAGGAAGAUGUAAAGGACUCUGAAAUAGCUAAUCUGUCGGACAAAGAAACGGGUAGUAAUGAGAAUGAUGGCGAGAACCUUGGCGGUAAACGACGUGGACCGCGAACCACCAUCAAAGCAAAGCAACUGGAGACCCUGAAAGCGGCGUUCGCUGCCACCCCCAAACCCACCAGACACAUCAGGGAGCAGCUCGCGCAGGAGACGGGGCUGAACAUGAGAGUAAUUCAGGUAUGGUUUCAGAACCGGCGGUCCAAAGAGCGACGCAUGAAGCAAUUGAGCGCCCUGGGCGCGAGACGGCACGCGUUCUUCCGGAGCCCGAGGAGAAUGAGAACGCUAGUGGACCGGCUGGAACCCGGGGAAUUAAUUCCAAACGGCCCUUUCUCAUACUACGGAGAUUAUCAAAGCGAGUACUACGGUCCAGGAGGGAACUACGACUUCUUUCCUCAGGGGCCUCCCUCGUCGCAGGCACAGACCCCCGUAGACCUCCCCUUCGUGCCCUCCUCAGGCCCCACGGGCACCCCUCUAGGUGGUAUGGACCAUCCCCUGCCCGGGCACCACCCCUCCAGUGAGGUGCAGCGCUAUUCUGACAUCAUGUCCCACCACCCUGGGGAUUCGCCCAGCCCGGAGCCAGGCAUCCCGGGGCCCAUGCACAGCAUCUCCUCUGAGGUGUACGGCCCCAGCCCGCCCUUUACCUCACUGUCCCUCAAUGGCAGCGGAUACGGCAACCACCUGUCCCACGCACCCUCGGAAAUGAACGAGGGCACCGUCUGGUAGCUCUAGAGAAAGGACUGUACCACCGAGAUAUUCAAUAGGGGAGGACAGGAGAGUGGGCAUGGGUAGGGGCAGGGGUAGGGACACCAGUCAAAUCAUUUUUUGUCAAUCAUAUUUAUUUAUUUAAUUUCCCCAUAUGAUAUUUUUUGCAGGGAAAAUAAAUAUGGCGAAAAACAAAACGUGGACAAUGUGGUUGUAAACAUUUACCUUGGUAUUGUGUUGAUGUUUCGAUUGCUUCUUUUUCUAAACCCGAAUAAGGACUUGGGCACAUAAAAGACUGUGUGUGACUGUUGACCCUGUGGGCCCCUGGCGGCCCCGGGCCCCUGCUCUCCAUUGCUGUGACCCUUCCUGACUCCUGUCAGUGGCCUAGCACAGCGACGCCCCUCCAAACACAUGCCACUGGGAAAACAACCAUUCUGAAAACAAGUAAUAUGUCCCAAAUCCACAAAAACAUAAUUAGCUACUGUCAAAGACAGCUUUACAGAAAAAAUAAGGAAGGGUGGUUGGUCUGAACCCUAACCUGCGCCGCUGGCACUAGAAGAAGGCUGAAAGGCAUCAGACUCUAUUUAUGGCACCAGACGUGUCCCUUGUAUUUAUUCAAAAGCUCCUCAGACCUCUUUGCCUCUCAAGGCUCUGCCAUAUUAACACUUAAACAACCUUUUUGACACUAAAUACAUUUCUGAAGGCCAGGGGAAAUAUAUUUUUUUCUCUCCAUCCCGACAGUUUUCUUUUUUUGGUUCAAAAAUCAAACCACCAAAUCUGAAGAAGUUGGCCUUCAAAAGGAAAACAAAAGGCAAGGUUAUAUGGCUUGUGAACCCUUUAUUUAAAUUGAACAGAACUUGAAAUGUUGUUAAAUGAAGUCUACCUUCUAAAAAUAUUUUAAUGGGGGUCUGAAAGGGACAUAGAACAGUCAACUGUUUACGUAAUAUAUUUCAUUCAGGAGUUAAAAGUAUCAAACCAUGUUUUAGAAUCUCUUGAUCCAGAUAAAAUGUUCCAAGCAACCAACCAAACUUUUGUAUUGAUUUUAUUUAUAUUGUAUGAAGACAAACACGUUUGCUGGGGUUGUUGUUCACUGUGCUAGUUUGUACAAAUGUUGUUUACAAAAAAACAAAAAAAACAAAAACACGCAAGUAGACAGUUGCCAAAUAAAAGAUAGCACAAAUACAGUAAAAGUGCUUUGCACCAUCAUCUGCAGAAUGUGUUGAGACAGUGUAAGUGUUAAAAAAUGCUAAGGAGUAAUUUACUUCUUCAUUUUUUUAGUUUGCUGAAAAACAUUCAUAAAGUUGUUAAUAUAACAUACUUAGACAGGUUUUAUUUUUGUGUCUUCAAAGGAAAAUCCAAACUAUUAAAUUGAUGGUCGAAUAUGCAGCUAGCAGCUGCUACUUUCUUUAAAUAUCAAGCCCUCAUGGUAUGUCUGUUAUUGUUCUAAUGAACCUAAGCUUAUGUGACCUCCAGUGCAUAUUAGACCAUUCACUGUAUAAAUACAACAUGUUGAAAACAAUUGUGAGUUUUUAAUAAAAAUAGAAAAUAUACAAUUUGAA